UCUUUCUGCUGUUGUAUUUCCAACUAGGAGUUUUCUCUGACAGCUAUGUGUUUCUGAAAUUGGAGUCAUUUUACUGUCGCAUAGCUACUAUAACACAUAUCUCCCCGCUCCUUCUCUGUUGUUUUUUGCACAACCGGCUAACAAUAACUUGUCAUCACACAUUUUUAUUGUCGUAGAUAGUGUUUGAAAUGUCCAUCUUAACAUAAGAACGGAUGGGUAACGCGUAAAUUAUCGCAAAUAUAUAUAUAUAGAUUGUUUUUAACGGUGCUGUGAUUGACGACCAGCUGGUUGAGGGGGUGAUCAGAAGUCAUCACAAUACACCCCAUCUUGCCAAAUGGACGAUGAUCUAAAACCUCUGGAUUUCAUAAAGGACUUUCAAGAGUACCUGACACAGCAAACACACCAUGUCAACAUGAUCUCAGGCUCUGUCGGCGGGGAGAUAGACCCUGACCACCUCCAAGCUGUAGCAGCAGCUGCUAUCCCAGAGAGUGAUCAUCAAAAUGGAUCAGUGGAAGUUUCUCUGGACGACAACAACUCUGGGCUGCUGGUGGACGGCUUCCAGAGGACCUUCGACGGCAAGCUCAAGUGUAGCUACUGCAGCUACGCCAGUAAAGGCACCGCUCGCCUGAUAGAGCACAUCAGAAUUCACACAGGAGAGAAGCCUCAUCGAUGCCAGCUGUGCCCGUUCGCCUCUGCCUACGAGCGUCACCUUGAGGCCCACAUGCGCUCCCACACGGGAGAGAAACCCUACAAGUGUGACCUCUGCUCCUUCCGUUGCAGCGACCGCAGCAACCUGUCCCACCACCGCCGGCGCCGCCACAAGCUUUUACCCAUGAAGGGGUCGGUGCUGCCCUCUUUCCUCUCCAACAAGAAGAUGCUGAACGUCCUACAGAAGAAGAGCGGCAGCUCCCUGGGCCUGGGAGGUUACAGCAGACACCUCCUCAUCAACUUCAGCCCUCCCUCCAUGGUGGUGGGGAAACCAGACUACCUGAACCAUGAGGCGUACGAGAACAAUGUGAAGGACCAUGGGACUGGAGGAGGAGGAGGUGCCAGCAGGGAUGUCAACAGUGACAUGGCGGUGGACAACAAUCCACUGAACCAGCUGUCUACGCUGGCAGGCCAGUUGUCCAACCUCCCCCCAGUGGACCAGACCCCUGUAUCUCCUGACAGACUGUCCUGUAACGACGUCAAGCCGUUCCUCAUCCAGCAGGCGUCCGGUGCACCGAUUGCAGUGUCAGUAUCUUUAUCCACCAGUCAAAGUGGUGCCCACCACCACCACUACCACCACCACCACCACCACCAAACCUCCUCUCCAACGAGCCCCGAGGACCUCCAAACCCCUGCAGGCCAUAGCAGGAACUACAUCCCCAGCCCUGUGGACCCAGAACCUAGCAGUGAGCACAGUGCACACACACGCACCAGCUCAGCUAGCAUUAGUAACAGCCAGCCCAGUACCCCUGCCUUACCCGGUAGCACACAGGACCCAGAUCCACAGAUGUUGCACAGCUGUCAGCACUGCGACACCUACUUCUCUGACAACAUCCUGUAUACCAUUCACAUGGGUUGCCACGGCUACGAGAACCCCUUCCAGUGUAAUAUCUGCGGCUGUAAGUGCAGGAACAAGUACGACUUUGCCUGCCAUUUUGCUCGCGGGCAGCACACGCAGUGACUGACUUCCACAGUAAACCAAGAUGAAUUUGAACGAUGUUUGGCGUCUCACAGAGCACAUUACCCUAUUCCGUGUUUAUGAUAAUCAGGGAUCAGAGCGAUUCUGAUCUAUAUUUUAUUGUAUCGGUUUUUUUGUGUUUUUUUUAUGAUAUAACUUAGAGAGUGAGUGUUACUUUGAAAUGAGGAAUUGAUGCUUCUAUAAAUGGGAAAGUAAUCUGGAGGUUGGAGACGUUUAAUCAUGUGUCCUCCUCGGUGCCAUCUGAGAAUUUAAAGGAAGUCACUUCUUAUCAUUUUUAAAAUAUUUUUAUUUUAUUUAACUUGGCAAAUCAGUUAAGAAGAAAUUCAUAUUUACAAUGACGGCCUACCCCGGGCCAAACCCGGACGACGCUGGGCCAAUUGUGUGCCGCCCUAUGGGACUCCCAAUCACGGGCCGGAUGUGAUGCAGCCUGGAUUCGAACCAGGGACUGUUGUGACGCCUCUUGCACUGAGAUGCAGUGCCUUAGACCGCUGCACCACACGAGAGCCCGACUCUGAAUUAGUUACAUAAAUAUUGAUGAUAUUACAUGCGAGUGACAAAACGUAUAGUUUAAAUAGCAAUUACAAUGUAUCUGGUUGCUGUGGCUAGAGUUUAAACAGUUCUGACCUUGCCUUAUUUUAAAUAUAUAUAAUUAUUUCACCUUUAUUUAACCAGGUAGGCCAGUUGAGAACAAGUUCUCAUUUACAACUGCGACCUGGCCAAGAUAAAGCAAAGCAGUGCGACACAAACAACAACAACAGAGUUACACAUGGAAUAAACAAACGUACAGUCAAUAACACAAUAGAAAAAUAAGUCUAUAUACAGUGUGUGCAAAUGGCAUGAGGAGGCAAGGCAUGAAGCAAGAACAUAGGUGCUCAACAUUGACAAACAGACAUGCUUUACUAUACAUUGUGUAUAGUAGUGUCUCACUUUAUUGUGAGUGUAAAACUUAACAUUAUAUUAACGGCUUGACGUGAAUGACAUCUGUGUAUAUUAAUGCUUCAGCUUAGACAUUAUUUCACUCCGUAUUUUACUCUGCUCUGUUCCACAUUCAGAUUGAUUCCAUGUGUUCUCUGUUCCACAUUCAGAUUGAUUCCAUGUGUUCUCUGUUCCACAUUCAGAUUGAUUCCACGUGUUCUCUGUUCCACAUUCAGAUUGAUUCCAUGUGUUCUCUGUUUCACGUUCAGAUUGAUUCCACGUGUUCUCUGUUCCACAUUCAGAUUGAUUCCACGUGUUCUCUGUUUCACGUUCAGAUUGAUUCCACGUGUUCUCUGUUCCACGUUCAGAUUGAUUCCAUGUGUUCUCUGUUCCACAUUCAGAUUGAUUCCAUGUGUUCUCUGUUCCACAUUCAGAUUGAUUCCAUGUGUUCUCUGUUCCACAUUCAGAUUGAUUCCAUGUGUUCUCUGUUCCACAUUCAGAUUGAUUCCAUGUGUUCUCUGUUCCACAUUCAGAUUGAUUCCAUGUGUUCUCUGCUACACAUUCAGAUUGAUUCCAUGUGUUUUCUGUUCCACAUUCAGAUUGAUUCCAUGUGUUCUCUGUUCCACGUUCAGAUUGAUUCCAUGUGUUCUCUGUUCCACAUUCAGAUUGAUUCCAUGUGUUCUCUGUUCCACGUUCAGAUUGAUUCCAUGUGUUCUCUGUUCCACAUUCAGAUUGAUUCCAUGUGUUCUCUGUUCCACAUUCAGAUUGAUUCCAUCUGUUCUCUGUUGCUGCCAAUCACGUCCUUUUUUUUUAACCUUCAGCUAGCCUUACUGAUUUAUAAUAACUGGUGCUCUUUAGCUAAUACCUCCUAAAUUAACAAUGAUCUGUAGCUUAAAUGCAAUUUGCGUUCGAGACAAAUCAUUCAGACUUGGAUAAAUCGUACUUGAUCAAAAGGCCAAAGUAUUCUUCUCAACCUUUUUUAAAAAAAGUAUUUCAAAGGAUCACAUAACAGUUGUAGCAGUGUUGGAAAUGACUGUGGUCCUUACAGUCAGUAAUGUAACACUACCCUUCCUGAGUAUUGAAACGAUUUGCACAGAUCAAGUGACAGCCUGGAGUUCAUUUUUUCAUAUUGUAUGUUAAAAGGAUUUCCUGUAUGUUUUCUGGACACAUAGAAACACAGAUUGAUGUAGCAGUGUAUAAUUGUCCCUGUAUUGGAGUUAUGUUUUCUAUGCAGUGAUCUAUGAUGUGUAGGAUUGGCUCCCAAUCAAUUAUCUAUAUUGGACUGUGGAGAAAGUAAUGUUAUGAUAUGAAAUACCACAGGGUAGAAAUAUGUAGAUUCUGAUUUACACUGAACCAAAAAUAUAAAUGCAAAUAUGCAACAAUUUCAAAGAUUCAAAGAGUUACAGUUCAUAUAAGGAAAUCAGUCAAUUGAAAUAAAUUCAUUAGGCCCUUAUCUAUGGAUUUCACAAGACUGGGAAUACAGAUACCUUCACAACAAAAAAAAACAGGGGAGUGGAUCAGAAAACCAGUCAGUAUCUGGUGUGACCAUUUGUCUCAUGCAGCGCGACACAUCUCCUUCACAAAGAGUUGAUUGUGGCCUGUGGAAUGUUGUCCCACUCCUCUUCAAUGGCUGUGUGAAGUUUCUGGAUUUUGGCGGGAACCGGAACCACGCUGUCGUACAUGACGAUCCAGAGCAUCCCAAACAUGCUCAUUGAGUGACAUGUCUGGUGAGUAUGCAGGCUAUGGAAGAACUGGGACAUUUUCAGAUUCCAGGAAUUGUGUACAGAUCCUUGCGACAUGGGGCCA